AUGGUUCAUUACCAUUGUGGCCCCAUCCCGCGUCACGAAGUGCCCCCGACGACGGACGCGCAAUGGGAGCGCGCACUGCAGUUCUAUGGAGUCGACCGCCCGCGGUAUUAUCACCACCACUCGGCGACGUUUGAUACGGCGUCGGUGGGCCCCGAGCCCGUGAGCCCCAAGACGACGACGGCAGAGGGCGCCGAGGACGAGUUUGAGGAGCCCGAGGUGCUCGAGUGCGAGGCACCGCCCCCGUCGCGUCCGCUCAUCCACCAAGAGAGCCUGCACAACGAUCCCCUCCCUCCGCCCGCGUUCCAUCUCUACGAUGGCGAUGGGUCGGACAACCGCUCGGCCGACUGGCGCCAGCGCAUGAAUCGCCAUUUCAGCUGGAGUGACGACGUCCGCGUCCUCGGCGGUACGGCUGCCGACGGGGAGACGACGCCGGUGACAUCCCGCCCGCGGACGCCACAGACCUGGGCGUGGCCACCCGCCCCGCGCCCGGACGCGGCGGAUAUCGCUGGCGACGACGACCCGGACCAGGGCGACGACGACGAACCGACGCCGUGGGCCGCCGUCGACCUGAGCGUGCCCGCUGGCCACCCAUCCUUUAACGUGCCCCAUCGCACGUUUGAUCGCCAGUACCAGAUCAUCGACAGUGUCGGCCUGCCUCGGUACUGCAAGUCGGGCAACUGGGACAAGCAGUGCAUAGACUCUGAGCGACACCGUAUUCGCGACCACUACGAGCACCACGGUUGGCUGCCAGCUCCCGUGGCCAGCAUGCCCACCAGAUUGCGUCGCUCCCACGCCGUCCGCCGCCUCGGCCUCAGCGACGAAGAUGACAACGUCGAGCGAUACGCCGUUAUGGCAAAGUACAGCGAGCUGGCUAAAUUGGUCUUUAAUGUCGAAAGCGUUGUCGUUUCCAUCUUCCGAGGCGAGGAGGAGGUCGUGUUCAGGUCGGAAACAACCAACUCGGGCGAGAAGCCAAUGGUGUUGCCCAGCACUGAGGGGUUCUUGGGCCAUGUCGUCCUGCACCCCGAGGAGCAGGUAACCGUGGUGGCGGAUCUCACAAAGGACUGGCGCUACAAGCGCAAUCCUUCUUUGGUUGGCAAGACGCACAGGUUCCUUGCAGCUGCACCAUUGCGCUACCACCGCCCCGGCGGCGCCGACGCCGUCGACUUCGGCAUGCUAUGUGUGUUUGACGACAAGCCGCGCGACGAGUUCAGCACGCGCGAGCAGGGCAUCCUACUCCGACUCGCCAACAUGCUCGUGUUCCAGAUGGCUACCUUGCAAUCAGAGAUCAUGGCCAAGCGCUCCAGCGGAAUGUACGAGGCUAGCAUCAACUUCCUCCGCCGUUCGCUCGUGCCCGACCACCUCAAACCGAGCGGCCAGCAGGAGAAGCAGCCUCACCCCCACCUCGAGCGCUCGCCAUCAGACAUCGCCAGGGAUAAGAAAAAGUUGGCAGAAAAGGAGAAGAAGAGAACGGCCAAGAACCACCACAGGACAAGUAUCCACUCGACCCAUUCUCACAGGCCACGGCUACACCAUCGAGCCCAGUCGCACCACGUCACGGCCCAUCACUCGCCAUUACAUGGGCAAGGAGGAUCGCCAUCCGGCUCAGGUUCCUCGACACCAGUGAUAUCGCCCACGCCACCGGCCGCACCCAUCACAAAGUCGAGCCCCAGCGACACCAGGAGCGCCAAGCGGAAGGAUGUCGUGGCCGAGACUGCCAUGUUCAACGACGCGGCGACGACGCUUCGUGGCAUUCUCCAGGCGGACGCAGUGACCAUCCUCGACAUGCACGACCAUCAGCUGUUCAUUCGCAAGUCUGGUUCGCGCCACAGUGCGCCUCACCAGCGCCAGACAAAGGAGGCCAUUAUCGGCGACUUUUUGCAAGGCAAGGAGUGGCCGUCGAACGUGGAACCAGUGGUCAACUACGUGCCGAGGUCCUCGUCCCGAGGACUGCAUGUCCUCGGCAAAAGCGAGACUCCAGGGUUCGAGUGCGACUUUACGGCGACCACAGCACCCCAGACCAUUUCAAAGUUUGUCAAGACGUACCUCAUGACCCGCCACUUCUGGUGGGACCGCGAGGAUGAGAACGACGAGCUUGCCAAGGAAGUCAUGAUGCUUAUGCCCGGCAAGAGCCAGACGGUGCUCGCCACCGUAUUCAUGGGCUUUGACGGUACGCUGCGCUAUGCCACGUUUGCGUCGUGGGCGCGGGCGCCAACGGCGUUUGACGACACAAGUCGCCUGGCCCUGCCAUUCGUCUGGAUCGUGGGCGCCACGCUCAUAUCGGCGCUCGCCCUGCGGAGGGUUCGAACAAUUGAGCAGAGCCAGAUCUCAUACUCGAACCUGCAGGCACACGAGCUACGGACGCCACUACACCAGAUUCUGGCGAUAACCCAGCUACUGCGUUCCUCAAUGUCGGAUCUGGCCGAGGCGCCAAGCGUUGCGCCCAUCGACCCGAAUGCAGGAAGCUUGACUACCCUUCAGCAGAUCCGCGACCUGCUACCAUUCCUUGACGCCAUCGACACCUCGGGCAAGACACUACACGGUAUCGUGGACAACAUCCUGUCGUUCCUCGACCUCAAGGCCAAGGACACGCGAUUCGAGAGCUCUCAUUCGCCGUCCGCGGGCUUGCUCACCAGCCCGUCCGGCGCACCACAGCCCCUCAGCACAAUGUUCGAAGAAAUCAUUACCGAGGUGUACAACGAGGACCGACGCGGCCGCCGGGCAUCAGGUCAGCAGGUUGGACACAUUGAAACUGUUUUCGAAAUCAUCCCCGACCGCCUGGGUGAGCUCGUCACCGAGGACAGUGCCGGCGCAUUGCGCAAGGCGCUCAGCAAGAUCCUCUCCAACGCCUACCGCUAUAUCGAGAGCGAGGGCUGCGUCCAGAUUUACGUCGAUGACGUCAAGGGCUUCUUGCCGCCCGAGGGCUGCGAGGAUCUCGCGACGACGCGCCGCGUGGCUAUCACUGUGGUCGACAAUGGUCGUGGCAUGGCCGCAGAGUUUAUUCGCGAGAAGCUCGGCGAGCCUUGGGCAAAGGAGGACCUGUACGCCACCGGCUCGGGCCUGUCAGUGCACCUCGCCUACCGUAUCGUCGACCUCAUGGGCGGCCAGAUGGAGAUCACGUCGGCCUCUGGGCACGGCUGUACCGUGUCGAUCGAGGUGCCGCUCCCCGGCGUCAUCAUGGGCCCAGACACGCCCAGCAUGGAGAGUGCACUUGCCGCCGAGGGGUCCGUCGAGUCGCCUGGCCUCCUCUCUCAACCACCAGCACCGACGCGCAAGAUUGCGCUGGUUGGGUUCGACAAGCUGAGCGCCCACGCCAAGUGCUCAUACGACAAGCUGGGCGAGUCGCUCGAGCGAAGCUACAAGAAACUCGGGUGUGCCAUCGUGCCGGUGGAGGAGGCGGACGUUGUGAUUGCCGACGGCGCGUAUGAGGACGACCCAGAGGGCGCCGCGUUCCUCAAGGCGCUCAAGGCGCCAGAGCUCACCGUCUUCAUCUCCGAGGACAACGAGCAGUCUGUCGCAAGGCCGAAAGCCGAGCGCACUGCGAAUGGUACUGUCGUGCGCCGCCUUCUCAAGCCCAUCACCCUCGCACUCAUCAAGGAGACUCUCAAGGGCGUUCAGCCCAACUCCAUUCCCGUGACGCCGCUCGAUGACGCGGCCGUCGCCCGCCUCAAGCCACACUUUGACAGUGCGGCGCUCGCCAAACCUGCGUCUUGUGCCAUCCUGAGCAAGUUCACGUCCUUCAGCUGGAAGCCCAAGGGUGUUUGUGUCGAGGAGGCCGUCGCGUCGCUCUGCCUCGGCGACUACUUCUCUUCGCGCCAGCGAGUCACACGCGCGCCGUCUAACGGCUCGAGCGUGGCAGGCUCCACGUCGACCGACCACGUUCCCGACUCGCCGCUACUUGGCACGUCGGCAUCGCACUCGUCGCCGGUCACCACACCCUCAGAGGACGCGUACGAGCACCACACGGACACGAACCUCACCACGCCGUCCCUAGGCCCGGGGAGCACCACGCACAGCGAGGUGCUCGAGACGCCGCUCGCUCCGCCCGUCCUCCCGCCGCCGCCGGUCAAGGUGCUGGUGGUCGAGGACAAUGUCAUCAACCGCAAGAUCCUCGUCAAGAUUCUGUCGGCCAAGCUGCCACUGCUUGAGAUCAUCGAGGCAGAGGAUGGCCAGGCGGCCGUGGACAAGUUCAAGGAGUUCACGUCGCCCGCCAUUGUGCUCCUCGACAUCAACAUGCCCCGCAUGGACGGAUACGCCGCCGCGACAGAAAUGCGACUUAUCGAGAAGCGUCGCGCGGUUGUCAACGGCAAACUCGGCGCGCUGGGCAUCAACGACGGCGACAGUGGGGCAGCGACGCCCGCCAUCCGCUCCAAGAUCAUCGCGGUCACUGCGCUCGCCAGCGACGACGAGCGCCGCCGCGGCCUCGUCGAGUGCCAGAUGGACCAGUGGCUCACAAAGCCCUGCCCCAAGGCGACGCUCCAGGGAGUCGUGAUGGAGGCUCGGCAAGAGCUGCUCAAUCUCCUCGCGGCAUAA